AUGGCUGCCGACAAGACGAGUCUUGAGGAGCUUUCCAACAACAACUCCAACUAUCUCAAUGAUGAGCUCGACCAGAAAAAUCACCUUCAAAAAAUACGGACUGUCGGCAGCGUGGCCAUGACGGCCGAGUUGUUCGAGAAGCUCUACGUCUCACCACAAACCAAGGUCAAGGGCGAUCUCCGCAAGACCUUUGGUAAUCCGACACCAAUUGCUCUUGUAGGCUUCAUAAUGGCCUUGACACCACUCUCCUGCGAUCUCAUGGGCUGGCGAGGCGCUGGUGGAAGCGGCGCAGCUGAAAUAGGUGCCUACUACUUUUUCGGCGGCCUCCUGCAGGUAAUCACCGGCCUGCUCGAAUGGAUUCUCGGCAACACAUUCUCAUCUGUCGUCUUCUCUUCCUUUGGUGCCUUCUUCUUGACAUUUGGCGCGACAUUGACCCCGUCAUUCGCCGCAUUCUCUACGUAUGCCGUGGCUGGAGACCCUACAAGCACUGGACUUGAGACUAAAGGAUUCAAUGCAAGCUUUGGAUAUUUCAUGUUGUUUAUGGGGCUCCUUUGCGUCGUCUACCUUAUUUGUGCCUUGCGGGUAAACAUCUGCUUCGUUAUGAUCUUCUUUACGCUUAUUCUUACAUUUUCCUUCCUGACGGGCGCCUACUUUGUACUUGCAAUGAACUACACUGGCAACGCGGUUCUGUCAGCGAAACUUCUCAAGGCCGCUGGCGCUUCAGCAUUCGUCACGUCUGCUUUUGGCUGGUGGACAUUUUUCGCCAUGAUGCUUGCCAGCAUCGACUUCCCAAUCUCUCUUCCCGUCGGCGACUUAAGCAAGAUGAUCAAACCAGCUAGCUCUAAAGCAUAA